UUGUGGCUCAAUGUUGGCGCCAAGACGUAACGAGAGAAUCCGGUUAAAGGAACCAUCAUCAAUCAAAAUGUGUUCAAAUUCAAACUUUUUGCUCUUUACAGCUCUUUGCUCUGCAGCCACACUGACUGUCACUCCCGACCAAUCCCAGUUCUUCCAGUUCGACAGUAUCACUCUUACAUGUGUGACAAACUCCAGUGGCUGGAAAGUGAUGAGGACGAUAAAGAACAAGGUUACUGAGGAAUGUAAGCGUGGCUGGGGAAUCCCCACAGAAUCCGCCUGCAACAUUAAAGAUGCUUACCCAAUUGACACCGGCGAAUACUGGUGUGAAUCUAACCGAGGAGAACGCAGCAACAAAGUCAAUCUCACUAUAUCCGAUAACAGUGUGAUCCUUGAGAGCCCUUCACAUCCUGUUGUUGAGGGAGAAAAUGUGACACUUGGUUGUUCCUACAAGAAAGACAAAGAUGAUGACACAUCCACCUCAGACUUUGAAGCUGCUUUCUACAGAAAUGAUUUAUUCAUUGGGAAAAAGAAACCAGGGAAAAUGAUCAUUGAAGCAGAGGAAGGUUUCCACAAGUGUCUCUAUCCUACUAAAGGAGAGUCACUGAAGAGCUGGCUGGCAGUGAGAGCAAGAGUUCCCCCCACAGAAAUGUAUUCUUCUCCUCCUCCUUCUCCUCCUUCUGAACCUGGUGUUCCUUGGAUCAGAGUGAUUUCUGGCAUCGUGCUCUUCAUCCUCUAUAACAUCAUACUAAUCUUAUGUGUAUACACAUAUCGUAAGUGGGCUCGAGCCAAGACUGAUAUGAAAAGGAGAAUUGCUGAUCAUGUUUUGGUGAACUGAAGACAAUGAAGACAAAACAAUUUAUCAUCUGUAUGUUGAAGCAAGAAGAAAAAUAAGAUGAACAAUAUUAACAGUAUAGAGGAAUAUGAUUUUGUUAGAAAAAUUAUCCUCCUGUUAAUUUACUUAUGAGUUUAUUUUACAA